AUGUUACGUCUUUCCCACUUUCUUCACUUAGCAACUCCAAUCAAAUCCAACUCUUUAAGUUUAAUUCAUUUGAUUUUUUCUCUACAUUUCUUAGCUUUCAAUUCAGUUCUCUCUGUUUCAAAUUUUCAGAAAGAUGGAGGUUCUUGUAUAUGUUAUUGUGGCCUUCAUGCUGUGUGGAAGACGGCUGGAUUACCGACUCCGGGUAAACCGUAUGGUGGAUGGGAGACUUCUGAUCAGGAACUCAGAGGACAUUUUGUUGGGCAUUACUUGAGUGCAUCGGCUCUAAUGUGGGCGAGCACGAAGAACGAUAGUCUGAAGGAGAAAAUGUCGGCUCUUGUUUCCGGUCUAUCAGCUUGUCAGGAGAAAAUUGGAACAGGAUAUUUAUCUGCAUUUCCAGAUGAGUUUUUUGAUCGAUUUGAAGCUAUUCAACCUGUUUGGGCUCCCUAUUACACCAUUCAUAAGAUCAUGGAUGGCUUGUUGGAUCAACAUAUUAAAGGUGGAAAUCCUCAAGCUCUAAAAAUGUUGAUAUGGAUGGUCGAUUACUUUUACAAUAGAGUGAUGAAUGUAAUAGCAAAGUACACUGUACAUAGACACUACGAUUCCCUAAAUGAGGAAACUGGAGGAAUGAAUGAUGUCCUUUACAAAUUAUAUAGCGUAACGGGGGAUUCAAAGCAUCUAUUGUUGGCUCACCUUUUCGACAAGCCAUGCUUUUUAGGGUUGCUUGCACUAGAGGCAAAUGACAUAGCUGGAUUUCAUUCUAAUACACAUAUCCCAGUUGUUGUUGGAGCUCAAAUGCGGUACGAAGUCACGGGUGAUCCAAUUUAUAAGGAUAUUGGGACAUUCUUUAUGAGCAUUGUAAACUCUUCACACAGCUAUGCAACGGGAGGGACAUCAGUCGGCGAGUUCUGGAGUGAUCCAAAGAGAAUGGCAGAUGCCCUGUCAACAGAGAAUGAAGAAUCGUGCACAACUUAUAAUAUGUUGAAGGUUUCACGCCAUUUGUUCAGAUGGACCAAAGAAGUCAUUUAUGCAGAUUAUUAUGAGCGCGCUUUAACGAAUGGUGUACUCGGCAUUCAAAGAGGAACAGAUCCUGGGGUGAUGAUUUAUAUGCUUCCUCUAGGUCGUGGGCAAUCCAAAGCUAAAUCUUAUCAUGGUUGGGGAACACCAUUUAAUUCUUUCUGGUGCUGCUACGGAACAGGAAUUGAAUCAUUCUCAAAGCUUGGAGAUUCUAUUUAUUUUGAAGAGGAAGGGAAUAAUCCUAGUCUAUACAUCAUUCAGUACAUAUCAAGUUCAUUUAAUUGGAAAUCUGGGAACGUUUUGCUCACACAGACAGUUGUUCCAGCUGCUUCGUUGGACCCUUACCUACGAGUUACGUUUACCUUCUCUCCUAAUGAGAAAAAUGGGACUUUGUCAACAUUGAACUUUCGUCUACCAUCUUGGACUCUUGCCAAUGGUGCCAAGGCGAUAUUAAAUACUGAAACUUUAUCUCUGCCAGCUCCAGGGAUAUUUUUGUCAAUCACACGACAAUGGAGUGCCAGUGACAAGCUAUCCCUUCAGUUGCCUCUUAUCAUCCGAACAGAAGCCAUAAAAGAUGAAAGACCUGAAUUUGCAUCUCUUCAAGCAAUUCUUUACGGACCAUAUCUUCUCGCCGGUCAUACCUACAAAAAUUGGGAAAUUACAACGGCUGGAUUACCGACUCCGGGUACACCUUAUGGUGGAUGGGAGGCUCCUGGUGUGGAACUCAGAGGACAUUUUGUUGGGCAUUACUUGAGUGCAUCAGCUCUAAUGUGGGCCAGCACAAAGAAUGAUAGUCUGAAGGAGAAAAUGUCAGCUAUUGUUACUGGUCUAUCCACUUGUCAGAAGAAAAUUGGAACAGGAUAUUUAUCUGCAUUUCCAGCCGACUUUUUUGAUCGAUUUGAAGCUAAUCAACCUGUUUGGGCUCCCUAUUACACCAUUCACAAGAUCAUGGCUGGCUUGUUGGAUCAACAUACUAUAGCUAGAAAUCCUCAAGCUCUAAAAAUGUUGACAUGGAUGGUCGAUUACUUUUACAACCGAGUGAUGAAUGUAAUAACAAAGUACACUGUACAUAGACACUAUGAUUCCCUGAAUGACGAAACUGGAGGAAUGAAUGAUGUCCUUUACAAAUUAUAUAGCUUAACGGGGGAUUCAAAGCAUCUAUUGUUGGCUCACCUUUUCGACAAACCAUGCUUUUUAGGGCUGCUUUCAGUAGAGGCUGAUGACAUAGCUGAUUUUCAUGCUAAUACACACAUCCCAAUUGUUGUUGGAGCUCAAAUGCGGUAUGAAGUCACGGGUGAUCCACUUUAUAAGGAUAUUGGAACAUUCUUUAUGAGCAUUGUAAAUUCUUCACAUAGCUAUCCAACGGGAGGGACCUCAGUCGGCGAGUUCUGGAGGAAUCCAAAGAGAAUGGCAGACACCAUGUCAACAGAGAAUGAAGAAUCGUGCACAACUUAUAAUAUGUUGAAGGUUUCACGCCACCUGUUCAGAUGGACCAAAGAAGUCUCUUAUGCAGAUUAUUAUGAGCGCGCCUUAACAAAUGGUGUACUUGGUGUUCAAAGAGGAACAGAUCCUGGGGUGAUGAUUUAUAUGCUACCUCUAGCAAAUGGGGUUUCCAAAGCUAAAACUUUUCAUGGUUGGGGAACACCAUUUAAUUCAUUCUGGUGCUGCUACGGAACAGGAAUUGAAUCAUUUUCAAAGCUGGGAGAUUCUAUUUAUUUUGAAGAGGAAGGAAAUAGUCCUAGUCUAUACAUCAUUCAGUACAUAUCAAGUUCAUUUAAUUGGAAAUCUGGGAAAGUUUUGCUCACUCAGACAGUUGUUCCAGCUGCUUCGUCGGACCCUUACCUACGAGUUUCAUUUACCUUCUCUCCUAAUGAGAAAAUUGGGACUUUGUCAACAUUGAACUUUCGUUUACCAUCUUGGACUCAUGCCGAUGGUGCCAAGGCGAUAUUGAAUACUGAAACUUUAUCUCUGCCAGCUCCAGGGAAUUUUUUGUCAAUCACACACCAGUGGAGUGCUGGUGACAAGCUGACCCUUCAGUUGCCACUUAUCCUCAGAACAGAAGCCAUAAAAGAUGAAAGACCUGAAUUUGCAUCUCUCCAAGCCAUUCUUUAUGGACCAUAUCUUCUCGCCGGUCAUACCUCCAGAAAUUGGGACAUCAAAGUGAUUUUAGAACCAAUUGAUCUACCUGGAAUGACCGAUUGGACAGACGAAAUCAGACCGUAUCUUUUGAAUCAGAAAGCAAUAAAGGUUGUUACGUGCAUAGCGAUAUGA